GCCUGACCCACUAGUUUGUCAGAAGGUUCAAAUCAGUCAGUUUCAUAUCGUAAUUUUGCUCCUGAGUGGCACAGCUGUCUAAGGCACUGUAUCUCAGUGCUUGAGACGUCACAGCAGACACCCUGGUUCGAUUACAGGCUGUAUCACAACCGACCGUGAUUGGGAGUCCCAUAGGGCGGCACCUCAUUAUAAAUAAUAAUUUGUUCUUGACUGACUGAAAUGAGUGGGCGAGGAAGUGCUGUGAUCCAAAACCCAGAAACUGGACAUAACUGGUGUGUUUAGGAUGGCGUGCCAGCAUGAGCAUCCGCUGAAGUUCCUGAACCUGAAGAGAGAAGAGAAUCAUUUCCUGUUUGCAACUGCUGUGUUUCUGCUGGGGGACCUGAAAGCAAUACAGGGACCAGACAUCACAACGUUUCUUCACUAUGACAUUGCAUGCCAGCUGAAGCCUCAUUUACAGUCCCGAUCUGAUGGAUUACACAUUUGCAGUGCCAGCCUUUCAGGCCUACGCUCAUGAUGCUGACAGUCAGGUAUGUGACUGUGAGCUUGCUGAUGGAGAACAAAUGGAGGGGUUGUGGUCCUACCUUCGAAAAUUUGGGAAGAUCAAAAAAGAGAUGACACCUUCUCAUCGUGUUUGACACCCUCACCGAUGCCCUCCUACUACGCAGCCAAGGUCAGGGAGAAGCAAGGUAUAAAUGUAUAACUGGAAAUCAGUUAAGUAUUGAAACGACCCAUUGUUCAGGAUUGUGCUGACAUCAUUUAGCAACAAAAAAACACUGAUGUAUUUUAAGCAAUUUAGGAAAUGUAUGUUCACCGUCAUAUGUUAUAGUACCAACAAAACAACUGUAGCAGAAGGUCCUGAAUGAGGAAACCGAGGCAAAGGAGUAGUUAAAGGUGCUGCUGAACAGCAUUCCAGGUUAGAUUCCAUGCGUUUUGCUCAUAAUAUGUAAGGAGCCUUUUCUACUAAUUCAAUCAGAUGAAUUGGAAUCAGGGCUUCAGUAGCUGGAGGCUUUCUCCGACAGAGACCCUCACAGACAAGAGGACGUUGUUCCUUACCUGGCAGGAGAGAUACGUGGAAACUCUGGCAGAGGAACAUCGAGUCGCGCAAGUAGUUGCUAUAUCUCUGACCUAAGGUUUUAUCCCAUCUCUAAACACCCCUUUCGGUCUGGUUUAGUCCUACCAGUCAUGACUGCCACGUUCCUAUACCCUACUGUGUGCUGUAUCCUGGUCCCACAAACUCUUGGAUCGGCAUAGCUACUCCCUGUUACUUUAUACUCUUAUCAUCACCUCCUGCUCUCACCUGCCCCUUUCCACUACAUAUCCCAGAAACAUGAGUUCCCCCUUCCCCUGCCCUUCCCCUGCUUAAUCUAUUCUACAUGAAGUCUUCUGACCUGUGUGCUAACGCUUCAUGCUGCAUAAUCCACUCAAAAUGCAUUUGUCCUUCCUGGUUUUUUUCACACAUAUAUAUUCACAUAAUAUUUUUUAGGCCUGACAUGACGGGGACGAUAGGAAAGCGCAGUUGACUAAUCAGCUUGAAAAGUAAAUAGCUUUUAUAGCUACUCCAACAGACCCUUCUCAGCUCACACCCCUCCCAUUACACCUCUGAUAGGGACUGCUGGUUUACCAACAGGCAAACACCUACUGUAUUUCUACAAAUAUGUUUAUUUGUCUGGAUAGCAUUGCAUUUACACCAAAUUGAUACCAAAUAUAUUUUUGUAAUAUCUCCUUACAUGUUACCUAACCUAAACCCUACAGGUUAACCCCGUCGCAGCUGACAGACCUGCUGUCCCCCGGUUAAGAUCUCAGCCAGAGAGAAUUCCUAGCUGCAGAAUAAGAAGAUGAUCCUUAAGGAGCAGUUCACCGAAGAGUACAUGAAGGCCAAAUGCCUGAAGGACGACCCGGGGCAGAACCUGCAGACCAGCGUUGUACCUUGGCCACCCAGCAGUCCAGACCUGAAUACGCACACAUUAAGUUUCCAGUUGACUACCCUUACUGUCCACCUACAUUCCGUUUCCUCACGAAGAUGUGGCACCCCAACAUAUAUGAGAAUGGGGACGUGUGCAUCUCCAUCCUUCACCCCCCUGUUGACGACCCCCGGAGCGGAGAGCUGCCCUCUGAGAGAUGGAAUCCCACCCAGAAUGUCAGGACCAUCCUACUGAGUGUGAUCUCUCUGUUGAAUGAGCCCAAUACCUUCUCCCCGGCCAAUGUCGAUGCCUCUGUUAUGUUCCGCAAGUGGAGAGACAGCAAGGGCAAGGACAAAGAGUAUGCCGAGAUCAUCAGGAAGCAGGUCGUGUCCACUAAAGUGGAGGCGGAGCAGGACGGCGUGAAGGUGCCUACUACGCUGGCAGAGUACUGCAUCCAGACCAAAGUGCCUUCCCACGACAGCAGCUCGGACCUGCUCUACGAUGACCUCUACGAUGAUGACAUCGAGGAGGAGGACGACGAUGACGAUGAUGCAGAGGCAGUGGGCCAGAUGGCAGGAGAGGGUGGCUUCAAUGACGAGGAAGACUCGGGCAACGAAGAGUCAUGACCUUCCUUCUCCUCUCGUUGUUUAUCUUGCUCCUUCCCACACCCUUCCUACCGAGGACUCCGCUGCAGCCUCGUCCUGUUCUGUCCUUACUUUCUGAUUCCUUCCCACGUGCGCACACACACACUCUUGCUGGCUCCAUCCCUUCUUGAAGGCGUCUCCUUGGCACUUACUUUACCUUGAGAUUUGUUUCAAUCUCUGUCAAACAUGCCCAAAUGCAUAAUUUUAACAUCUGUAUGGGGAUCAGAUUUAUUUGUUUUAUGAUGGCAUUUUUUGUUUUUCUAAUUUAUCUCCCUCAUUGACAUUCAUGAGGCAUAAUCAGUGGGUUAGUUUAUGCAACUUUACUUGUGGUCAAUUAUAUCACAAAGUGGUAUAAACCAAAAUGGUUGUUUGUUUCUCUUUCAACUAUUUGAUGGGUCCUUAUUAAACAAUUAAACAGAAUUGCAUGCCUUUUGAUGACACGAAUUUGGCAUGUAUGCUGACUACCAGUGUUGCAAAAAACAUUUUGUGAGAAUUGCAAUUGGCUGCUUUAUUUGUCGCUAGAUUACAUUUUGCAGUUGCCGCCACAAUUUCACGGCUCCAAUUUGCAUUGCUGCGGUCCCCGAAAUUCGCCCCUUUUCCUGCCGCACACCCCUUCCCCUUGUGCUUCUCUGCCUGUGUGUGCACAUGCUGUGACUUCUGUUGCAUAGGCAGCUAUUCCCAAUCUUGUUUGUGGGAAAAGUCGCUAAAUGGUAUCAAAACUCCCCAAAGGCAGCCUGAAAAGUAGUUUGACGCUAGGUUCUUUGAAAAAAGUCGCUGUGGGGGUCUGAGCUCUCUAAAUAUAGCGACUUCAAGUUGGCAACACUGGUCUCUAUCCCUCCCAGGGUUCUAUCCCUCCCAGGGUUCACAUACACAUUCCUCUUACAAACUCAUUUAAUUCCUUUUAAACUAUAUAGUGUAAAACCAAAUCGUAUUCAGAUGUAAAACCAAUUUAAAUUAACUCAAAUUUGUUCUUAAGCUGUGUACAAGAGUGGUAAGAUGCACUCAAUGAACAUACCCCUCUCUUACUCUGUCUCACACAGUCAACAAAAUGAAGACCCUUUAAUAAAAAUAAACUAAUUUUCUGUAUUGCCCUGACAAGGAUCUGAACACAAAAAGGACACUUAUUUAGCCAUUUUUGGUAGGUUCCCCAUUUUUAUCUGAGUAAUCUACUCAAUCAAAGAUCGCUAACAGAAAGGAAGGGUUGGGCACUCACUACCAACAAGCAUCUCUUUGAGUGGAUGCAUCUCAGCAUGUAUCUCUCCAACCAGAGACAGCAGAGAUGCAAUCUCUGCUCCAAACUCUCAUACACCUGAUGUCAUUUGAGCUCUCAAACAGAAGAUGCUCCCGAGUAUUGGUACCGUACCAGCGCUGGAUAAUUUCCAUGGAGACUGGACUGGUGAUAGAGUUGUUUCCGUGGAGACUGAUUUGUAACUACCCUAUCUUUCUUUGGGGGACUUGAACACCAGGGAUAAAUGAGACAAGCGGACCCCCCCACACACACACACAGAGCGGUGGAGCCAUGAGAAUGCUCUGCACAGAAAACAGCAGGGAUCACUGCUGUUUCAAGAACAUUUGAUCUGUUUGUUUGUAUUUGCUGUAGUCUAUAAUCUCCCAUUCAAGGUUUGAUGAAAACAUCUCACUUUACCCAGAUACACAGGCAAUGAAUGCUGGAUCACCAUAGGAAGUGUUGGCCAUUCCAUAACACUUUGUUACAGCUUUAGUUUGGGGUGUCUGUGUCACCUACCUCCUCUACAUGUGUAUGUGCAACAGGCCUAGGUUCCCAUACUAUUUGAAAUAAUUUCAAAUGUCACAAAAGUGCAAACCUCACCUACCGGACAUCCCAGACUGGCAAAAGCUAACUAAUUGUAGAUUUCGAAUAGUAUUUGAAUACAGGUCUGAUGACCAAGAGAUUUUGAGGGAAACAUUAACUGAAUGUCACUUAAAGGCUUGGAUUUUUUUUAUUUUGAGUCGGAUAGUCCAUAAGGGCUUCCAGAGUCAAUGAGAUUCAUGAUGUUUUGUUGAGAAAGAGAUCCUCUCCCCAGUUCUAGUCACAGGCCCAUUGACCCCAGAUAAGUAAUCAAUAAAUAGAAAAGCAUUCAGUUUGGCAACAAGUGGAGUGCUACAUAACCAUUAAUGCUAAUUUAUUAGAUAAUUAAUUUCAAGGAUAGUGUAGAGACUUGGGGCUCGAUUCAACCAAACCCACUGGGCAGUAUUCACGCAGUAGCAUGUAGGCCUAAGCAUACUAGGUAAACAAAUAUAUUGCGUAAACAUUGCCAAAGCAGGUUGGCUUUGAUUCGGCCAUUGGUGUCUUUCAGCUAUGAAGUGUUUAAAUAUAACAUUCUCAUUGUUUUUGUUUUCCUUGGUCUAACUUAACAUGUAUCAUGAAUUUUUUCUUGUAAUGGAUGUUCACCAAAGAUAAGAGGCUUUCUUUUGUGAGUAUAAGGCUUUAUCUUUGGGUUGUUUGUUGCACAAAUAAAUAGAGGGCACUGGAAAUGUUGUCAAAGCUA